AGAAAAUGGGAUGGUGGUGGAGCUCGUCUAAUCAACCUGAAGAAGCACCAACGCUUCCCGCUUCCGACAAUGGACACGCGCCAUCGCAGCGUCAGGCGACGGAGCACCCAUCGACACUUUCGACGCUGAAGCACACACCAGUGAGCCGCGAUGAACAGGCGGACGCUGAACUGCAAGCCUUUCUUUCCGGAAUGAAAGACACAACUGAAUCCUCACACCCUAUAAAUUCUUCCUCACAUCCUACAAACCCUUCCUCACAGCUUACCUCCCUGCCGUCUUCCAUUGACCCCGACUCCCUCUACCCGACCACGAUGUCCUGCCGCACUGCCUUCGACUACGCAUUCUUCUGUCAAUCCUUUGGCGGCCAAUGGGUGAAUUACUACCGGUACGGCGAACUACGGGACUGCAGCCAACACUGGUCCGAUUUUUGGUUUUGCAUGCGCACGAAGUCAUAUUCAGAGGAAGAUAGGGCCAAGAUGAUCAUGGAUCAUCAGCGCAAAAAGGCCGCCAAAUGGAAGACGGGUCCGACUAGUGAGGAUGUAUGGGAUAUAAGAACCGAACCGGUAAAAGGCGCAUUUCAAGGAGAUUUUGCAGCAGUGGAGAGAGAGAUGAAGCUUGCGGAACAGAGGGAGAAGGAACAGAGGACGCAAAUGAGGGCGUCUGGGACCCUGUGAAUGCCGUAUGCAAUGACUGAGGGUUUCUUUGUUUCCUUUUUUUCCUUGUGAUAUUCCAUUUUGGAGGUGGUAUAUAUGUCUUUUUAGACACUUGUUUUCUCACCAAAGAACCAGACUGACCGAGUAUUUAUAGUCUCUAGAGAUUUAAAACAUCUAGAAGCUCUCGUCUUUCAUCAUAUUCAGCCUUAUUAUCAAUACAUAUGACUUUAUCACCGGAGU